AUGUCUUACUAAAUGAAUAAAGCUCAAUCCAAUAAUAAAUUUUAUAUCAUUUCAAAGAAAAAAAAAAAUAAAUAUAAAAUUCAUACUAGUAUUCAAACAAAUUUUAGUGAACUAAUUGAUGUUAUUAUUCUCACAAGACCAUAAAUGUAACAACAAGGAAAUUCAUAAAAAUGGUUCAAUCUAUUGUUUUGA